GCGGCCCUGAGAGGUGCCACGAGCGGGGAGUGGCGGGUUUGGGGAGCGCGGCUGCGACCACCGUGCUGAGUCGGAGCUCGGAGGGCAGAGACUAGGGGGCCGGAACGGGCUACUUUGUUUUAAAUUUUCUAUUCCGGUGCUCUUCAUUUUUGUUGUCGCCCACCGAGAGCACAGGUCCGCUAGCCCAAGCGACCCUCCCGUCAAUUGUUAGGCUCGGCUUCGCCGGGUGCCCCGAGUGCCGGGCGCACGGGCGCCGGUAGCGGCCGAGCGCGCACGGACUCGGAGCCUUACCUCGCUCGCUCCCCGGAGCAGGUCCGUCCGCUCGCCAGGGCGCAGUGCGCGCGAUGAAGGCGGUGAGCCCCGUGCGCCCCUCGGGCCGCAAGGCGCCGUCGGGCUGCGGCGGCGGCGGGGAGCUGGCGCUGCGCUGCCUGGCCGAGCACGGCCACAGCCUGGGCGGCUCGGCGGCGGCGGCGGCGGCGGUGGCGGCGGCGCGGUGCAAGGCGGCCGAGGCGGCGGCCGACGAGCCGGCGCUGUGUCUGCAGUGCGAUAUGAACCACUGCUACAGCCGCCUGCGGAGGCUGGUGCCCACCAUCCCGCCCAACAAGAAAGUCAGCAAAGUGGAGAUCCUGCAGCACGUCAUCGACUACAUCUUGGACCUGCAGCUGGCGCUGGAGACGCACCCGGCUCUGCUGAGACAGCCGCCGCCGCCCGCGUCGCCGCUGCACCCGUCCGGCGCUUGUCCCGCCGCGCCGCCGCGGACCCCGCUCACCGCGCUCAACACGGACCCGGCCGGCGCUGUGAACAAACAGGGCGACAGCAUUCUGUGCCGCUGAGCCGCGCCGUGCAGGUGUGCGCCUGAGCCCGAGCCAGCAGCUCUAGAGAGGGAGGCCAGAGCAGAAGUUAGAGAAAAAGCAACCGGAGGAAAGGAAAAAAUAAUAAUAAUAAAAAAACUUCAAAUCUAGAAACGUUUUCACUCGUCAUUCCAAGAGAAAGGGAGAGGAAGAAAAUUAAACUGUCAUUUAAAAAAAUUGCACGUUCAUAAACAUUCUCCAUAGUAUUCUCUUUUGUCUCUUCAUUUAUAACCGCUGUGAACUGUACAUUACUGUGUGUUUAUUUUUAUUAAUUUUUGGAGGUGCAGUUGAACUUUUAAGCUUAAGUGUGAUUGGACUGAUAAGGACAAAAUCCCGACUGUGACCAACGAGCUCAGUUUUUGUUUGGAAGCUUUACUAAUAUAACAGCAUUGUAGAUAUUCCUUUUUUUUUUACAUCUAUUGUUUAAAAUAGAUGAUUAUAACAGGGCAGGGAACUUUCUUUUCUCUGCAAGAAUGUUCAUAUUGUAUAGAUAACCGAGUGACAUUUCAUACCGUGUAUAUACAGAGACGUUCUAUGAGUGUGAGGAAGCAUAUGAGCUUUAUAGACUACUGUAAUUAUAAAAUAUUUUUAAUUAAAUAUUUUUUGUAAGUAUUAUGUGUGUGUUUUUUUAAUCUAUGGGAAUAUUUCUUUUGAAAAUUAUUUUUCAGCUCACUGGCAGAGCUCUUGGUAUAUUGGAUGUCUUUUCUGUUUGGCCUGGCUUUCAGUUGUUUUUGUUUUGCUCAGUGUCCAGUAUCAUAAAUUCGGAAGUCACAGUUACAGGUACUCGCCUUGCAUGACUGCAUGAAAUGUUUAAUCACAAAAUAAACUUGUUCUGAGUCCAUUCAGAUGUGUUUUCUUUAGCCUACAUUGGAAUGUUUGUAUUUGAAGUGUACAUGUUGAAAAUAUACUUUAUCAGUUUUUAAGUACAGGGUUUUGUAGUGUAAUAAUAUAUAGAAUAAAAGGGAUUUUUUUGUUUUUAUAACUGAGGUUAAAAUGGAUUUUGAUUGAUUUUUGCAUAGACGAUGGGUAAAUGAUGGGGCUCUUAAGGAACCUGUAAAACCUGCUCUUUUAUCAAAGUGAAAAAAUUUACUUGUCAUUCUUUAUUUUACAUUAAAGCAUUAUGUCACAAAGUUUCAUACUUAUACAGAUUAUUUAAGUCAUAGAAAUGAAAUCUGUUCUCUGCUUGCUACCAAAGGACAAACUCUUGGAAAUAGACAUUUCUGCUUUCCUUCCUCCAAAGAAUAUUAAUAGACAACAGUGGGAGAGAAAAAGGGCAUGAUGACAAAUCCUUCAAGCAGGGGUCAAAGUCGAUCACCAACAUUAAGUAGACCAAAAAUUCUGAUGACCGCAUCUAGAUUAUUUUUUUAUGAAAUGAUUUUCACUACAGCUAUGUCAGUUACCAGUAAGCUAUAUCCAAGUUCUUGUGAUGUGUGAUCUUUACAUGUGAAAAUCAAAGUGGAUUGACCUGUCUUGUACUGUGAUUUCUGCUCUCAUUUCUUUACAACCUUAAAAUUUAUUUUCUAAGACCUUUCCCUUCCUUAAAAGUAAUGUUGUCUAGAUAAGAUGGGAGCUGCGGGGUUUGUGAGCAUUAUGCAUUUAAUGUAAUGGGUAUUUUACAUGCCAGGUAGAUGGAAUUUUUAGCGAGAGAAUUAAGUAGGAUUUAAUUGGGUGCUUUGUAAAUAGUGAACUGUGUGUAACGUGGUUUGUUUGAUUUUUAAAAGGAAAGGAUUUGUUUCAGAUUAUACAAGAAUAAAAGUAUUAUAGCCCCAAGGGACUUUUAUGAGGUCAAAGCCAAAUAUUUAUAUGAAUAUGAAAUGUGAUCCUUGUUGUCAGCUGAUUUUAGCAAAAUUAAUGCUAAUUGGUAAAAAAAAAAAAAUCAAUCGAAAGGCUUUAAAAAAAAUUGUCCCCUUCUCAGCAUGUUUCUUGUUAGCUCUUUCAUUGGUCUUGGAUAUUUUUAGCAUUUGAUGUAUUUGAUGUUGAACCUUAUAAAGUCAAGGGCAGCUUUAGAUGAGAUUAUGUUUACUUUUUCUAUUAUUCAUUCUUGUCACACAUCAAGGGGAAAACACUGGAGGAAUCCUGAAUCUGAAGGUCUCUGAUGAUUGCAUUCUUUGUUAUUAAAAGGAGCACAAUUUCUCCUUUUAUUUGGCAGUUUAUUUCAGUGGGAAGCUUGUCACAUGUGCACCCUUCACGAAAUAGAACAUUUGUCAUGCCUCACUGCUGAGCCCCACCUAAGCUGGUGGGCUGUUUAAAGUUAGACUGCUAGACUCUGACCCUCAAAACACAUGGAUAGGCAUUUUUGGUGUUUGAAAAGACAUGUUCUUGAAUUUAUAUCUGGGACAUGAAAAGCCACUGAAAGUAUUUGGAAAGACUGUUUCUGAGAGCUGAUAUUUUCCCCUUGAUUAAUGAAGCACCAUUUGAUGUAUCUAAUGAAACAAAAUCAUUGCUUAUUAAGUGACAAAAAAUUAUAUGCAGUUGUACAAGAUAUUACAUUCUAUGAAAAUGUUGGCUGUGACCUAACAAAACAACCAGAUAACAAAAACCAUGUUGAAUCUUUUACCUAGAUAGUUCUAGUUAGGCAAAUACUUGUUUUAACAAAAGAGAAUUCCUGACUUCUCUCAUUUAAUUUGUAGAAUUUCAUUGUAUAGGCACAACCAAAGAAACAGGCUCAUUUAAACCCCUGGAAGAAAAGCAAGUACCUCCCACAGUGGAUUUUAUUCCUAAGGUUGUCAUAAAAAUCUUGACAUCUCAGAAGUCUCAUGUUAAAGAAAAAAGAACUUUUCAGAAAAUAUACUUUAAUAUUGUAAGUCAUAUCCAAGUGUUAUUGUUAAGCUUUAACUGCAUUUUUUAGAACUUUUAAAAUUUUGACCUCCAAAACCUAUUGUAUUAGAUGCCUCCUGUAACAAUAAAUCAAUCUUCUCUGAGAAAAAGGU